GCUCAGGACCCUCUUUUUGAGGCCAAAGGGCCCACUAGUCACUUCGACCGGCCAACGUGUAGCACGUCCAUCGCCCGUGUAGCUGACUUUCUCAAAGCAGGAAGCUCUAGUUUUCGGGUCAUGGCGAUCUGUGCGGAAGCAGCGUGCCUGGGGUCAUGGUCGGAGUCUGAAGCCUCCGAGGACACCGCUGCGACCUGGGCAGACCUGGGCAGCCCGCCGACCUGCGCAAGGUCGAGCAGCUGCAACCACUCCUUGGCCCAGGGGAAGGCGGAUUCACCUCAAGAUAGGAGGACCGGCAUCGUCUUGGAUUGGGAUGACACGCUCUUCCCUUUGACCCACGUCUACUGUGAUCUUCACCUAGACUUGCAGAAACCUUUAGAGGAGCAGAACAUUCCAGAGGCAAUGAAGGCACUCGUGGCCAAGAAAUUGCAAGCAUCUCGGGAAGAGGUGGCCAGGCUGCUAUCGCUGGCCACAUCCUUGGGCGAGGUCAUGAUCGUGACCUUGUCCAAGGACUCCUGGGUGGCGGAAUCGUCGCGGAACUUCUUCCCCGGGCUUCAGGAGAUGAUGACCUCCCUUGGUGUCCGUGUGAUUUGUGCCCAGGGCCCAUCCCAACGAGGCGAGUCCAUGUUAUCCUUUAGCAGCAGACUAAAAGCAGAGGCCAUUACCUCCGCCUGUAGCGAAGGCACUUGGCGGAGCCUGAUCUCCAUCGGCGACUCCGACUUCGAGCGCUUUGGUUGCCGGGCAGCGGCAGAGGAGCUCCAAAACAAACAGGAAUGCCCUGUCUUCACAAAGACAUUCAAGUCCAUGGAGAAGCCAACGGCAGAGGAGCUCACAAAACAGCUACGGCACAUCACUGAGUGGCUGCCACUCUUGGUGGCGAUCCCCAGUGAUGUGGACCUUGACCUGGUGGAUGUCGAGGACGAAAACAUCAAGGCGGUGUCGAUCUCCAACGGUGUGAACACGAUGCGGAGGUUCGAGGAACGCACAAGCACAAGCAGCUGGGGUGACCGUCAACGUGACCGAUGCGUGACCGGAUUUGCUGAGAGGUGUGAUGAGGCGGCGGAGGAAGCCCUGCGAGCCAGGACACCUUGAAGCCGUUGGGGCCCGCGUCUUUUCGAGCUGAGUGGCCAAGAGUUGGGUGUUCUUGUCUCGU